CUCAUCUUUUACGAUACACUUCUCAUAUGGCUGUGUAUAAAAAUACGAUAAUACACGCCACGGGAUUGCUGCGAUUGGUGCCCUUACCACUUGAUGCUUCUGCUAUAACUGGCAGGACUUUGGACCUUAUCGUCAUUGCACUGAUUAGGGAGCGCUAUUUUUUUUUUACAGUUGAAUAUUUACUGGCGAGAGGAAAGGACACAAAUUUCUCGCGAACAAUGUUCUCCACCUGCGUCAGGACGUUGCGUGCUACUAGCAAGUUCGGCUCGCUGGCGCGUUACGAGUCCACUUUGGUCAUCGCGGAGCAUAACAACGAGAGUCUGCUGCCGCUCACCUGCAACACGUUGACAGCCGCCAAGAAAAUCGGCGGCGACGUCACCGUACUGGUGGCUGGCACGAAAUGCGAGGCGGUCGCACAGAACGCGUGCAAGGCCAAGGGCGUGUCGAAGGUCCUCCUCGCGGACAGCGACGCGUUCAAGGGUUUCACCGCAGAGUCGUUGACGCCGCUUGUCCUCAAGCUGUGCAACGAACACAAAUUCACGCACAUCUUGGCCGGCGCGAGCGCGUUUGGCAAGGCAUUGCUUCCCAGAGUUGCGGCUAAGUUGGAUGUAUCCCCGAUAAGCGACAUUAUCGGCGUUAAAGCUUCGGACACCUUCGUACGCACUAUAUACGCUGGUAACGCCAUUCAGACUCUCAAGUCUAAGGACAAUGUGAAAGUGGUAUCCGUAAGGGGUACCUCCUUCGAGUUGCUACCUCUGGAAGGUGGGGACGCCAAGUGCGAGAGUGUCCCUACUGGUGAUUAUACAUCAAAUCAAGUGGAGUACAUUAAACAGGAGCUCAGCAAGUCCGACAGGCCAGAAUUGACGUCUGCCAAAGUUGUGAUUUCCGGCGGACGUGGAAUGAAGUCCGGCGAGAACUUCCAAUUGUUGUAUACACUGGCAGACAAGCUCAACGCGGCGGUAGGAGCAUCCCGCGCCGCGGUUGACGCCGGUUUUGUGCCGAACGACAUGCAAGUAGGACAAACCGGGAAAAUUGUUGCGCCUAAUCUGUAUAUAGCGGUUGGAAUUUCGGGGGCAAUUCAGCAUCUUGCUGGUAUGAAGGAUUCCAAGACAAUUGUGGCUAUUAACAAGGAUCCAGAAGCUCCCAUUUUUCAAGUAGCAGAUUAUGGAUUAGUCGCAGACUUAUUUAAAGCUGUACCCGAAUUAACGGAAAAAUUGUAAAUUACGCUCAGAUGAUACAAACAUUUGUAUUUCAAAUGAUUAUUUUUGUUACUAUAUAUAUUGUA